CUUUGUAGGUAAGUUACUUAACUUUGUGGAAUACUGCAUAACUCCUAAAAGACUGCAAUAAGGUAGCAAUGUCUCGGGAACCCACUCCACCUCUGCUUGGAGAUAUGUCUACUGGCCCUAUAGCAGAAAGCUGGUGUUACACACAGGUUAAAGUAGUAAAAUUUUCCUACAUGUGGACCAUUAAUAACUUCAGUUUUUGCCGAGAAGAAAUGGGCGAAGUGUUAAAAAGUUCAACAUUUUCAUCUGGUCCAAGUGACAAAAUGAAAUGGUGCCUGAGGGUAAACCCAAAGGGAUUAGAUGAUGAAAGUAAAGACUACUUGUCCUUAUAUUUGCUUUUAGUCAGCUGCCCCAAAAGUGAAGUUCGAGCAAAAUUCAAAUUUUCCCUUCUGAAUGCUAAAAGGGAAGAAACAAAAGCAAUGGAAAGCCAAAGAGCAUAUCGAUUUGUGCAAGGCAAGGACUGGGGAUUUAAAAAAUUCAUUAGAAGGGAUUUUUUGCUUGAUGAAGCUAAUGGUCUUUUACCAGAUGACAAGCUUACAUUAUUUUGUGAGCAUCUCCAGCACUGCUUGCAGAAAAGGAGGAAGCUUUGCACUGCCCUACCUAAAGAACUGCCUCCUCCCCCUCCCCUGCAAGUGGUGCUGUAGACAGGUGAGUGUGGUCCAAGAUUCAGUAAACAUAUCAGGACAUACUAAUACAAAUAUGUUGAAGGUACCUGAAUGUCGACUAGCAGAAGAUUUAGGUAAUCUUUGGGAAAACACAAGAUUUACAGAUUGCAGUUUUUUUGUGAGAGGACAAGAAUUUAAAGCUCAUAAAUCUGUGCUUGCAGCUCGAUCCCCAGUUUUUAAUGCAAUGUUUGAACAUGAAAUGGAAGAAAGCAAAAAGAAUCGAGUGGAAAUAAAUGAUUUAGACCCUGAGGUUUUCAAAGAAAUGAUGAGAUUCGUUUACACAGGGAAAGCACCAAAUCUUGAUAAAAUGGCUGACAACUUGUUGGCAGCUGCAGACAAAUAUGCACUGGAACGGCUGAAGGUCAUGUGUGAAGAAGCUUUGUGUAGUAACCUCUCAGUAGAAAAUGUUGCCGAUACCCUUGUCCUUGCAGAUUUGCACAGUGCAGAACAGUUGAAAGCACAAGCCAUAGACUUUAUUAAUAGGUGCAGUGUACUUCGACAACUUGGGUGUAAAGAUGGGAAAAACUGGAACAGCAACCAAGCAACUGAUAUAAUGGAAACAUCAGGGUGGAAGUCCAUGAUUCAGUCUCACCCUCACUUAGUAGCAGAAGCCUUCCGAGCACUAGCAUCUGCACAGUGUCCACAGUUUGGCAUUCCACGCAAACGGCUAAAGCAGUCCUGAAUCUUCCACGGACAGUAGAAAUGAGUUGACUUUACUCCCCCAGGUCCAGAAGAAUUUUAAUACACAGACCAUAAGCAGGAGUUGUUUCUGUUUUCUUGUCCACAGAACAGAAGCUGGAAAGUCAUACUGCUUGCAUUUCAGGUGGAUAAUUUAUGGUUUAUACUUCAGCUUUAAAUUAGACUGAUUAAUUCACUUCAAGGCCUUAAAUUAUCUUCAAUGACUUCUCUUGUUCAUAUAAUACUUUAAUUUUUUAUUGUGCCUUGCAUUUUGACCAAGGCUAUGCAGGAUUGCACUAGCUCCAUAAUGCAGUAAUAUCAAUAACUGAAGAUACUAAGUUUCAAAAGGAUCUUCCAUUAUUUUGAGAAAAGAAAAAUUAAUUUUAUAGGGUUUGUCCUAUGCUAUCUCAAAGUUUAAAACUAGGUUCUCCUUAAAGGCACUUGUAUUGGAGAUUACUAAAAAUGUCUCCAAUCCGAGUUCUAUAAAUACAGAAGAACCUGCUUACCUUCAAGGUAAGUUAUGGCAAUACACUGCUUCAAUUUAAUUUAUUUUUCAUUUCAGGGGGCAAAUAUGCAAUGAGUUGGCCCAAAUUGUUAGUAAAAUCUGUGAUGUUUGUCUGUGUGUUAAUUGUUCAAGAAACUGUGGAUUUGUCCAAGUUUACAGUGAUUGAAAAUUGAUUGAGGUUAAGAUUUCAAUAAGAAGAAAGCAUGUAUUAUGCCGAAGUAAUUUUUUUUAAUUUAUAAUGACCUACAUUUAUAUGAAGAAUUCUGUACAUGUUAAAAGUAAGGAUGACCAAAUGUAAAUUUAAUGAGUGGGCCAAUUAAGAAAGAUAUAUAUGCACUUUUAAUGUGUAACUUUUGUAUGCUGAAUGGUACAUAUAUUUUUUUGCUUUUGAGGGGAUUAAUAUGGUAUAAUUAAUUGUGUUUUAACUUUUGAAAGAAUUUUUUAAAACAGAUGGCAACUUGGAAGUUUGUGAUAAUAGAUAAGAAAGUUAUUCUUGAUCGUAGAUAAUCUGGCUUAAUUUUGGAUAUUCAUUAUUCAAUUUAUUCCUGUUUUAUCACACUUUGGAAAAGGCAUCUGAAGAAUAAAUGACUUAUAGACAGUCAGCUCUCCUUCAAACAAUGAAUGGAUAUUAUUUGCCUAUGGGAGAGCUAUGGUAAAGGAGAGAACCCUUAGACUCCGUCAGGCCACACUAUGAAACUUCAUUUUCCCCUUAUUUUCUCCUUCAUGUUUCGGUUACUGUACUGACAUCAUGGAUGAUUGAAAUUCUGUACAAUGUGAACAGGAUAAACUAUUUAUAAACUGCUUUUCAUGGGCCAGUUCUUUAUUAUAAACAAAUUUUAGCUUUAAAUAUACACAAAUGUUCUGUGUUUGACAGUUGUGAGGUCUGUUGUGACGCACUCUCUUGGAGAAGCAGGAAUGAGGAGUGUCAGAUCAUUGCAGUUGACUUUCUGCAGCAGUGACAGUGCUCUUCUUUCACAAGAAUUGUAUCUGACCACAAGAAAAAAGUGUCUCUGAAAAAAACAAAUGCAUAUGCCUAUAUGUUUGCAUAUGCAACUUUAUUCUCCUGAUGAAAAUGCACGUAAACUUGUUUAUUUUGUUUUUGAAUUCAGAACAAAAAGAAAACAGCAAGCUUAAGGUUUUAAAAUAUAUUUUUUGCUAUCACUUUGUUCAGUGUUAACUGAAACAGUCUAAGAUAUCAAGAGUGAUUCAUAUUUACAUUGAACAAAUCCUGUCAAAUAUCAUUUGUUGUCCAAAGCAAACUGGAGUUUGAAAAGAUCAUAUUUUCACAUAUCUUAGUUUGAGUCUUUGUUGUGGUAACUUAAAUUUAAAAUUUGAAAGAAUCCCUUGGGAUAGAAGAAAGAUUCUUACCUGGUAAUGGACUUCAUUCCCUGUAAGAGUAUCUUGACAAGUAGAAAUUCACUUCAUUAAAUUAACAAAACCAUAAGAUUAAGCUUAUUAAAUUUAUAAUGUGCAAUCUAAAAAUACACAUACACACAUAUAAGUUUUUUUCUAUGGUAUUAUAAGAAAGCAAAGAUUCCAUCCAGCUAUAGAAUUAUGUUGUAUAUUUUUUAAAUAUAAUGGUACACCCAUUUAUAUUAAAUGCACACGACCCCACCACAUUAGGAACUAAUUUCUAACCACACUUCUAACCACAGUGACUUUAAUAAAAAUACCAUGUGAUGAGCAUUUCAACUUGCCCUUCCUCUAGUGUUUAUUGCAAAUCUUAAGGAUUUUAUUAUUUUUUUUUUAAGUUUGGUAGCACAUUUGUACCAAAAAUGUCAAACACUGUGCUAUAAGAUACCCAUGUUUAUAGAAAUGUCCACUUUUCAGAUAAUAUAAUAUCUACCAUUAUACUAACAGAAUCUUAUGGUAGUUGAUUUAUUUUUUUAUUUAUUAUGUAUAUUUUUGGUAUUAUGGGUUCUUGAGCAAUGAUUAAAAAAACUGUUAAUGUAUUCUUAUGUGAGUGCUCUAAUAACCUUUAUCACCCACUGCCCCAUUUUCAAAUUAUGUAAAUUUUUUUCAAAAUAGGCACAGUUUCUGUCUGGCACAGUCUUGUCUUUUAAACUACCAGCCUGCUCCUGUGUCCCUUUUGUCUCAUAAACAAUACUUUUCCUUUCAAAAUAGUAAGUGGUUUUAAGCAUUACAUAUUACCGAAGUAACCAUUAGAACACUUCUUUAGUCUAAAAUUUAGAAAUACUAUAUUUGUGCCUUUUUCAUUUUUAAUUUUAAUGUGUUUUGGUAUUUGGAGCACAAAUAUGAAGGUGCCAUAAUAUGGCUUGCCAAUGUUACCUCCUUGAAUACUCAUGUCAUUGUCUUCAAAUGGUGAUUGAAACAUUGCAUGAAUUACACAGUCAUUUGUAUGAGGUGUGUGUGUUGUGUGUGUGUGUGAGUAUCUCUAUUCACUUGGGCUAUGUGUUGUGUGUUCAAGACUGAAUUUUUGAAAAUAGGACUCUGUUAAAUGUUGAAAGUUGAGGUUAGUUGACAUAUUUCCCUUAAUUGUGCUUUAUUUAGAGGGAGAGAGUUGAUUGACAGUAAAUUUAACCCUCAAAAAUGUGACCAAUUUACUGCAAAUUACCAAUUUACAGUGCCUUUUUAGGACAUCAAGUAUAAAUAAGUUUUAAAGUAUUAAUGCAGAUCUCUGAAAGAUGUUAUGAACAUUAUUGAUUGAUUUUUAAGCUAGAUCUAAGUGAUUGCUUAAAUUGUCAGGAGUAUAAUUAUUAAUUUACCCAUCUGAAAUUUUGUGCAUAAAUGUAAAAUCUAAGCAGAAUUCUUCAUAAAAUCAUGGAUAAAUUCUAAGGUUGUAGCUUAGAGGUAGAAUGUUUAGUACUAGCAUUUUCAAGGUGCUGGGUUCAAUUCCCAGCACUGCCAAAACAGAAAAAAAAUUAUGGAUCAUAUGUACUACCCACUGGUACUAAAACACCGUAGGGACUUUGGUAAGUUAAGUUUUGUGACAAUUCAAUCAGAAAUCUUUGUUUAUAGCCACAUUACUUAAAGAGGUGAACUUGUUUGACUUGGACAUGCAUGUUGAUGGAUAAAAUAAAAAUAUUCAAUGUGUUCUUGAAAAAGGUGGAUGGGUGUGUGGGUUUGUUUUAAUGUUCUUAGAUUACAAAUACAGCACUUUCAGCACACAUAAGAGUAUUUUGCAAACUUUUUUAUACAGAUUAUGAGCUCUACUUUAUUUAAGUGUUCAUGGAAUGAUGUAAAUUUUAGGUCCAGUUGAACAAAUAUUGAGUGCCUACCAUAUGCAAGACUUCCUCUUCACUAGGAAUGAAAUCACACAGUGUCUUCUGUUUGUAGUAUGUGAAAUUAUGUUUGAAAAGGAAUUCUUACAUUUAAAUAUUUUUCUGUUAUUAGAAUUUAUUGUUGUAUAUUGUAACCCAUUGAUUUUGCAGUCAGCUUUUAAAAAUGAAGAUAUAACUAAAUUGAGUCCCGUUUUUGAAAAUAAAAU